GAUGUAAUAGCAACGCAUUCGGAAAACAGUGACAGGAUCGAUCAAAGUCAGCAUGGAUUUAAAAGGGGAAAAUAUGCUUGACUAAUUUAUUGAGGAUAUAACACGCAGAAUGUACAAGGGAGAGACAGUGGAUGUGGUAUAUCUGGAUUUAAAAAAAACGCCUUUGCAAAGUCCCACACACGAGGUUAGCGUGCAAAAGUUGAGCACGUGGUAUUGCGAGUAAGGUAUUGAUAUGGCUAGAUAACAGGUUGGCAGAGAACACGCAAAGAGUAGAGUUUAACGGGUCCUUUUCGGAAUGGCAGGCAGUGGGGUUACGCAAGGUUCAGUGCUGAGACCCACUUUAUUUACAAUAUAUAUUGACGACUUAGACGAAGGAAUUAAAUGUCACAUCUCGAAGUAUGCGGAUGACAAAAAGCUGGGUGGCAGUUUGAGAUACCAGGAAGAUGCUAUGGGGAUGCACGGUGACUUGGAUAGGUUCAGUUGGUGGGCAGAUGUAUGACAGAUGAUGAUUAAAAAAAUGCUUUCUUUUGCGUAGUGAUCGAGAUAGAGGAGUCUCACUUUCAAACAUCUCUUUCAGCUGUGGGACCGUUGUUUCCGUUGCUUUGACGACAAUUAUCUUCAAUUGUGAUGGAUUCAUCGGUCGAUAUGUGAACAUUUUCUUGCCGGGACAGGAUAAAAUCUUGACCUUGUGCGAGGUUGAGGUCUUUACUUCAAUACUUCCUACCAUCGAUACCUUGUUAAAACCGAAGCCGUAUCCCCCUUCCGCACACGAAAGGGAAAAGCUAACCACCACCAAUACCCCUUCACUAAAGGGAACGAAACAGCCGCCUUCAUUUGGAAAAGAAACGACGCCCCAGUCAACAAAGGGAACGAAAAUACCGUCCAUACCUGGAACGACUAUCCAGCCAAGAACCGGAAAAAAAGGUACGUUGCUAUUGGGAGCGAAUCUACCAUUGGGAACGGGGGAACAGGUAGACUCAUCGCUUCGCCAAGACGUGGAGACAUUCUCAGCAACAAAAUAUAUCAGCCACUGGUACAAUUUCCGGACGGAGGUAAUCAUGUUAGACCGAGAUUUAGUCCCUUCCGGCUAAAACACAGCCCCCUCGUCUCUUUCUCAAUGGCAUGACAUCUUAUUCUGAAUCUGUGCCCUCUGGUCCUAGAUUCCCCCACAACUGGGAACGUGCUCUCUACAUUCACACUAUCCAAGCCUUUCAAUGUCCGAUAAGAUUCAAUGAGAUCCCCAAUAAUCCAUUACUACUCCAGCGAAUACAGGGCCCGGAACAGUCAGUGGGUCUCCAUAUGUUACCGUAAUCAUCCCAGCGAUCACUCUCGUAAUCCCCCACUGGACCCUCCACAAUGCCAGCACAUCUCAGAUAUGGGGCCGAAAACUGUUCACAAUAUUACAAAUGCGCGCUGCCCAGUGCCUUUUACCCCCCUGCUUUAACAUUCUAUCUCUCUGGAUAUAAAUGCAAAGAAUGAAUUUGCCUUUCUUAACACCGGUUCAACUUGCAAAUAAACAUAUUGGGAAUCCAGCGCCAGCACUCCCAAGUCCAUUUGCACACCCGAUUUCUGAAUCACAAAUGUGCCCUUCCUGAACAGAGCACUCGUCCUUGAUGAGUACCCUGUUCCUGCUUUUUCCCCCAAUAUCCCUUGAAUCCGUUAUACCCGAGAGCUAUAGCUUACUUUCACUUAAAUGCAUCUUGCCUUUCGGCUCAGUGAGAUGUUCCCUCUCCACAGGAAACGUGGCGGGGGGCGCAAGUCCGACCCAGUCCAGCACGGAAGAAGGGGCAGGCGCUGAAGGAGCCAUUGACGGGAACAGCGACAGCGACUUCUGGAAAGGUUCAUGCGCGCGCACCAGGAAAUCCAAGGACCCUUGGUGGAGAGUCGAUCUAAAAUCAAGCAAUUACGUGACAGAUGUAAGAAUCACCAACAGAGCAGACUGCUGCUCGGACCAGCUCCUAGGAGCAGAGCUCCGCAUCGGGGACUCGCUGGAAAACGAUGGCAAUUCCAACAGACUCUGUGGGACCGUUGUUUCCGUUGCUUUGACGACAAUUAUCUUCAAUUGUGAUGGAUUCAUCGGUCGAUAUGUGAACAUUUUCUUGCCGGGACAGGAUAAAAUCUUGACCUUGUGCGAGGUUGAGGUCUUUACUUCAAUACUUCCUACCAUCGAUACCUUGUUAAAACCGAAGCCGUAUCCCCCUUCCGCACACGAAAGGGAAAAGCUAACCACCACCAAUACCCCUUCACUAAAGGGAACGAAACAGCCGCCUUCAUUUGGAAAAGAAACGACGCCCCAGUCAACAAAGGGAACGAAAAUACCGUCCAUACCUGGAACGACUAUCCAGCCAAGAACCGGAAAAAAACGGUACGUUGCUAUUGGGAGCGAAUCUACCAUUGGGAACUGGAACAGGUAGACUCAUCGCUUCGCCAAGACGUGGAGACAUUCUCAGCAACAAAAUAUAUCAGCCACUGAUACAAUUUCCGGACGGAGGGAAUCAUGUUAGACCGAGAUUUAGUCCCUUCCGGCUAAAACACAUCCCCCCUCGUCUCUUUCUCAAUGGCAUGACAUCUUAUUCUGAAUCUGUGCCCUCUGGUCCUAGAUUCCCCCACAACUGGGAACGUGCUCUCUACAUUCACACUAUCCAAGCCUUUCAAUGUCCGAUAAGAUUCAAUGAAAUCCCCAAUAAUCCAUUACUACUCCAGCGAAUACAGGGCCCGGAACAGUAAGUGGGUCUCCAUAUGUUACCGUAAUCAACCCAGCGAUCACUCUCGUAAUCCCCCACUGGACCCUCCACAAUGCCAGCACAUCUCAGAUAUGGGGCCGAAAACUGUUCACAAUAUUACAAAUGCGCGCUGCCCAGUGCCUUUUACCCCCCUGCUUUAACAUUCUAGCUCUCUGGAUAUAAAUGCAAAGAAUGAAUUUGCCUUUCUUAACACCGGUUCAACUUGCAAAUAAACAUAUUGGGAAUCCAGCACCAGCACUCCCAAGUCCAUUUGCACACCCGAUUUCUGAAUCACAAAUGUGCCCUUCCUGAACAGAGCACUCGUCCUUGAUGAGUACCCUGUUCCUGCUUUUUCCCCCAAUAUCCCUUGAAUCCGUUAUACCUGAGAGCUAUAGCUUACUUUCACUUCAAUGCACCUUGCCUUUCGGCUCAGUGAGAUGUUUCCGUCCCCACAGAAAACGUGGCGUGGGGAGCAAGUCCGACCCAGUCCAGCACGGAAGAAGGAGCAGGCGCUGAAGGAGCCAUUGACGGGAACAGCGACAGCGACUUCUGGAAAGGUUCAUGCGCGCGCACCAGGAAAUCCAAGGACCCUUGGUGGAGAGUCGAUCUAAAAUCAAGCAAUUACGUGACAGAUGUAAGAAUCACCAACAGAGCAGACUGCUGCUCGGACCAGCUCCUAGGAGCAGAGCUCCGCAUCGGGGACUCGCUGGAAAACGAUGGCAAUUCCAACAGACUGUAAGUGUUCUUAAGCAAUCGCCGACUCAAGUCACAAGCGUUGACUUCUUCUGAAAUUUUCGCUGUUACUGGAGCAAUGGUAAUAUCAGUGGGAAAAAGAUAGUUGCUGCAGGAUAACAAUGAUCUCACUGCACAUCAAAUUAAAAUUAUUCUCCGCUGAUCCAUGGAAACAUUGAAACCUAGAAAAUAGGUGCAGGAGAAGACCAUUCGCCACUUCGAGCUUGCACAGCCAUUCAUUGUGAUCAUGGCUGAUCGUCCCCUAUAAAUAACUCGUGUCUACCUUCUCCCCCUAGAUUCCACUGGCCCCUAGAGCUCUAUCUAAGUCCAGAUGCGAGAGAAAAUGAUUCAGAGCCGUAGUCCAGUUAUCCAAUGACACGAGCCUUUAUCGCACCUCAAAAGCGGUGGGGUCAUAGAAACAUAGACACAUAGGUGCAGGAAGAGGCCAUUCGGCCCUUCGACGCAGCACCGCCAUUCAUUGUGAUCAUGGCUGAUCGUCCGCUAUCAAUCACCCGUGCCUGCCUUCUCAACAUAUCCCUUGACUACACUAGCCCCCAAAGCUCCACCUAACGUUCUCUUAAAUCCAUCCAGUGAUUUGGCCUCCACUGCGCUCUGUGGCAGGGAAUUCCAUCAAUUCACAACUCUCUGGGUGAAAACGUGUUUUCACACCUCAGUCUUGAAUUACCUCCCCUUUAUUCUAAGAUUGUGGCCCCUGGUUCUAGACUCGCCCAACAUUGGGAACAGUUUCCCUGCAUCUAGAUAGCCCAAUCCUUUUAGAACUUUAUAUGUUUCUAUAUGAUCCCCCUCCUCCUUCUAAAUUCCACUGAAUACAAUCCUAAUCAUUUUAAUCAAUCCUCGCAUGACAGUCCCGCCUUCCCAGGGAUCAAUUUCGUGAACCUAUGCUGCACCGCCUGAAUCACAAG